GCACUCAUACGAAAGAGAACGACCAAGGAUUGUGGAGGCUAAAAUUUGAUCGUCCAAAAAUAAUCUCCCAAUUUAUACUUUACAACAGAGACAGCUCGCAGUUUCGGCUAAAUGGCUUUGAUCUUUCGACAUACAACGUUGAUGAAAUGUUAAUAAGUAAAUACAUUGAGGACAAAAAACGAAAUAGUUCAAUGUAUUAUGUUUUAAAUAACAAUCAUUCAACCCCAGUAUAUUCUGUAGAGGUGAAAGUGGCGGAUAUCCUCACGCUGUGUGAAAUCGAAAUAUAUGGCGAUUGCAAACCGCAUACAUUUGGAUUAGACUGCAUUCAAAAUUGUUCAAGUAACUGUAGGAAUUCUGAAUGCCACACAGCCAAUGGUUAUUGCUUUUCUUGCAAUAAUGGUUAUACGGGAACCGAUUGCUCAACUCGUUGCCGGAAUAAAACAUACGGUGAGAGUUGUUUGCACAGCUGCAGCACGAAUUGCACAGAACAGCUCUGUAAUCCAGAAUCAGGGAAAUGUUAUGGCUGUCCUCUAGGGAAAAAAGGGGAGUUCUGUAAUCAAGAGUGUCAAAGCGGUACAUAUGGAGAUAACUGCAGCAAACAAUGCAGUGAAAAUUGUACGAAUCGAGCUUGUGAUUCAGUCAGUGGGAACUGUAAAUCUUGUCCGGCUGGAAAAAAGGGAGACUACUGUCAGUUCAAGUGUCAAAGCGGUACAUAUGGAGAUAACUGCAGCAAACAAUGCAGUGAAAAUUGUACGAAUCGAGCUUGUGAUUCAGUCAGUGGGAACUGUAAAUCUUGUCCGGCUGGAAAAAAGGGAGACUACUGUCAGUUCAAGUGUCAAAGCGGUACAUAUGGAGAUAACUGCAGCAAACAAUGCAGUGAAAAUUGUAAGAAUCGAGCUUGUGAUUCAGUCAGUGGGAACUGUAAAUCUUGUCCGGCUGGAAAAAAGGGAGACUACUGUCAGUUCAAGUGUCAAAGCGGUACAUAUGGAGAUAACUGCAGCAAACAAUGCAGUGAAAAUUGUACGAAUCGAGCUUGUGAUUCAGUCAGUGGGAACUGUAAAUCUUGUCCGGCUGGAAAAAAGGGAGACUACUGUCAGUUCAAGUGUCAAAGCGGUACAUAUGGAGAUAACUGCAGCAAACAAUGCAGUGAAAAUUGUACGAAUCGAGCUUGUGAUUCAGUCAGUGGGAACUGUAAAUCUUGUCCGGCUGGAAAAAAGGGAGACUACUGUCAGUUCAAGUGUCAAAGCGGUACAUAUGGAGAUAACUGCAGCAAACAAUGCAGUGAAAAUUGUACGAAUCGAAUUUGUGAUUCAGCCAGUGGGAGAUGUAAAUCUUGUCCGGCUGGAAAAAAGGGAGACUACUGUCAGCUCAGUUGCGAACUGUACACUUUCGGACUAAAAUGUAAUGGGCGAUGUUCAAGUCAAUGCAAGGGUUGGAAGUGUGACCCAGAAAAUGGUAACUGCUUGUCCUGUUAUGAUGGCUACAAAGGUUCUAAUUGCAGCACUCCUUGCGAUGAAUACCAUUUCGGAGAAAGAUGUCUCAACCAAUGCUCAUCUAACUGCAUGGAUUCAAAAUGCAACAGAACUAACGGAAAUUGUUUCCGAUGUUACAAUGGUUUCCAAGGUCCCACUUGUUUACAGCCUUGCUAUCAACAUCGUUAUGGUCAAGGCUGUAUAGAACAUUGCGGCCUUUUGUGUUUCAAUCAGUUGUGCAACCACGUCACAGGAGACUGUAACAGCUGUGUGGCAGGUAGAGCCGGGGCCAAGUGCACUGAAGACUGUCCCGUAUACACCUACGGGCUAAAUUGUACGAACAAAUGUUCAGACAACUGUGCGGUUGAUGGCAGAUGUGACCCAGCUAACGGGACUUGUUUACAUGGUUGUGUUGCUGGUUAUCAUGGAGAGAAGUGUAGUCAAACAUGUGAUAAUGGGAAGUACGGAGAAAAUUGCUUGAACAACUGUAGUUUUAUGUGUGUUGUAAAUGCUACUGACGAGGUGUGCAACAAAGUUAACGGGACAUGUCUGAUUGGCUGUAGAAAACCAUUCAGCAUUGCGGAUGACGUCUGUAGCUUAUUCUGGGGGGAACUUACCCAGUCAGAAAACAGCACACAUCAAACAAUGUUUAUCUCACUUAGUGUGCUUGUCGUCGCAGUUGCUGCAGUUCUUGUGAUAAUCUUUAUCGUUACAAGACGGAAACGGAACAUAAAGACAGAUAAUGAGACAGACGUUAAAUUAGAAACUUUAGAAAAUGUAACAGCCAAGAAUUUAACUGAGGAGUAUAAUCAAGAAGAGAAGUCAAUUGGAACAAGUCCUAGUACGUUUAAAAGCAAAACCUUGAUAGAGGGUGAUAGCAAAGUGAUUGCGCUUGGUACAUUAUUUGAUUUCAUAAAAACACAUCAAAGUGACUUCUUUGUUGAGGAAUUUCAGAAUAUACCAUCAGCUAAAAAUGUGAAUAUGGCCGUUGGAUUGAGCGAUGAAAACAAAAACAAAAACAGAUACAAAAACAUCUGCGCCUAUGACCAUUCCAGAGUUCAUCUUGAAAUCAACACUUUAAAAAAUGAAGGAGACUAUAUAAAUGCUUCGUAUAUUGAGGGAUACAAUAACAAAGACAAAUUCAUUGCGUCACAAGGACCGAACAAUGUGAUGUUGAAUGAUUUUGUGAGAAUGCUGUGGGAACAGAAUGUCGAAGUCGUAGUUAUGCUGACAAAUUUAAUUGAAGAAGGAAAGGUAAAAUGCGAACGCUACUGGCCAGAAAAAGAAUCCACAAUGUUUGGGGACAUUAAAGUAGAACUGGCCUCUACACAAGUGUUUGCUGACUACACUAUUCGAAAAUUAGAACUCAAAAAGAAACGCCAGCCUGUUCACACCUUGACCCAUUUCCACUUCACGUCUUGGCCGGAUCAAGGUGUGCCAUCAAACCCCUGGGGUCUGGUUGACUUUGAGCAGAGAGUGGCUUUAGAGAGUACGUCCAGGCCAGUUGUUGUUCAUUGCAGUGCUGGCGUUGGAAGGACAGGUACAUUUAUAGCCUUGAGAAACGUGAUCAAAGAAGCCGAGGACACAGGGAAGAUUAAUUUCUUCAACACAGUAGCCAAACUCAGACAAGACAGAGUGCUGAUGAUUCAGACAGCUGGUCAGUACGAGUUUCUCCACCGAGCUGCCCAGGUAGCACUGUGUUGUCGUGACACCACCAUAACUCUACAAGACAUUCCAGCUCGUCUUCAACUCCUGCAGCAGAAAACUAUAUCAGGACAAACCAACUUAGAGAAGGAAUUUACUUCUGUUUCAGCCAUCUGCUCAGAUCUAGAGAACAAAUACAAAGAGACGAACACAGAACAGGAAGACACAGUGUACCAGAACAACAUGCCUGAGCCAAACAGAGACAAGAACAGGGUGGUGGGGAUUAUCCCAAAGAAAGAAUACCGAGUUUUCCUUUCAUGUGAGUCUCCUUCAAUGGACGACUAUAUCAACGCAGUGUUUGUUCCUAGUUUUACAAAACGAGAGAGCCAUAUUUUGACACAGCUACCAAUGCCAACAACAGUCAUUAAUUUCUGGAAAAUGGUUGUUCAGUACAAAGUGUCUUUGAUUGUAGCAUUCCAAAGCGAUACCAACAAAAAUGAUGAGACCAUUGGCCAGUAUCUUCCCGCAAACGUUACUGUACAACUCGUAUGUGGCCCCUACACAAUCCACACAGGUCAAGUACACACUGGCAAUGUGUGGGAGGAGUUAGAGGUUUCAAUCAAACCCACAUCAAAGACACAGGGUACCGUUGUCCACAAACUGACUCACAUGAACAUCUUCGCCCCUCACCUCAACGCAAGAGAUCUGCUCACACUGACCGCACACGCACGGUCAAAGUAUUCGUGUUCACAGGACAAGGUACUCUUCAUGUGCAGGGACGGUGCUGGACUUUGUGGUCUGGCCUGUGUGCUGGGUCAGCUGCUAGACAGGGCUGACCACGACCAACGUGUCUGUGUUCCUCUGGUGGUUGGUUCACUCAAGUGUGUCAGACCAGAGAUCAUCCCUAGUGUGACUGAUGCACACAAUGCACCCAAUGCACAUUACAACAUGUCAUCAUAG